UCGAAAUGUAUCACCACCAAAUGCUUGAAGACUCACAGAGGGCACGACGGCCCCCUCUCUCCCUCUUCCUGUCUCUCACACAAUGACGCGCACGCUUGCCUCUCGUUCUUGUCUUCCGCUCUAUGCGACGGCCGCCCCGACUGAAGCGUAAUGGAAGACAAGCUGAUCGUCACAAUCAAGAAGCAGCAAGAUAUCUGAUAUAGUAGGAGUUAAGAUUUGUUGGGGUUCAGAUUUCCAAUAACUAAGGAUCUUGGCGUGAUCAACUUUUUUGUGGGAAAACUGAGGAUCAGCUACCUGCAGUAACCCGACAAAUGAAUCAUUUAGAAGACCCAAGUCAGGGGCCACGACUGGGGUUUGGAAUCCCAGAGAAAGGGGGCAAUAAUACUGCUAAGUUCACAAUAUUCCCAGACUCCAAGGAGUUGGGAGGAGAGCCGAAGACCCAGCAACAUUUUGGGCACUUCUCUCUACAGUCAUUAUUACCUGAAAAUUCAGGUUUCAAAGGAGUUGGUCAGUCUGUGGUUUGUCCAAGUCAGUCUUAUGUUGACCAGUUCUAUGGCUUAUAUGCAACUUAUGGAGCUCAAGCAAUGCAUGGACGAAUGCUUUUACCAAUGGAUACAACAGCUGAAGGACCAAUCUAUGUGAAUGCAAAACAGUUCAAUGCAAUUAUUCGCCGUCGCAAAGCUCGAGCUAAGGCUGAGAAAGAGAACAACUUGAUUAAAGUUAGGAAGCCAUAUAUGCAUGUGUCGCGUCAUCUUCAUGCAGCGCGCCGAGCUAGGGACUGUGGUGGUCGUUUUUUUAACACCAAAAAGGAAGUAAUUGCACAGGCUGGGAACACUGGUCACAAGGUGAAUGAUGUGGUGCCUCGUCUCCCUGCUGCAUCUCCAAGCUCUGAAGUCCUGCAAUCUGACAGCUUAAAUCUCAACUCAGCAAGGGGUGGGUCAAGUGGAUCAGGAUCAGAGGUGACCAGUGUGUGCACUCUCAACGAUGUUGAUCACUUUGGUGCCAUUCAGCAUCUACAUCCAUCUGUUUUGCAUUCUCUGUCAAGUGUGAUGAAUGGGGGACAAAGUACCAGUGUUAUCCACAGCAAGUGGGGUUCAGCAGCCGAUGGCUGCUGUGAUCUCCUCAAUGUCUGAUGAGAGUGAUACUGGGAGGGUUGCUGGAAGUUGCAGUAUUUGCAUCCUUAAGCCGAGUAUUUUCAGCUUGAGAGCAGUGCCAUGACCUGGUAACUUCCCCUCCAAAACUAAAUACGACCAGAUGGAAGAGCUGACUAAUGGCAUGCUAUCAUUUGGUUGUUUUUAGAAGGCAAUUCAUUCUUGGCUCAUCUUCAUCAGACUUUCAGAAUCACCAACAGUUCUAAGAAAUCUUGCAGUCUCGGGACAGUGAUGAUGGAAGUCCUCUAUGCACUGUAACAAUAUGGACAGGGCUUGUGACACCAAGUAUCAGAAGUAUUAGUAGUCAGAUACCUGUGGGCAUUGUGGCCCUGGAGUUUGCUUGCUUGAUUGAAACCUUGUUUGCUAAGUCCUUGUGACAAUGUGAAGUUGUGGCUUUGGUAUUAUUUCUCACAGUGAAAGCGGUCUUACAUUGGAUGAAUCUAUAUGUUUAGGACCUUUCAAAUAAUGUUGGUGAUCUAUUUUGCUCCAUUACAGGUCUCCUAAUGAAGAUAUUAUGACACUGAUCACAACUGAAAUAAUGGUUUGAUGUGAACAAGGUCUUCCUGAACAUUGUAAGUGCAGAUGGUUGCUCCUUGAACUGGGGACCUGAUAACAAAUCCCUUUGGAAAAUUUGCCUUUUAUGUGCAGCUAGAUCAUCAUCUGGACAUCAUUGUGGCAGUUUGGUUUUCCUUUUCA